AUGGUAAAUAUGACGGGAGAAGGUCGGGGAGUGCGAACGCCACUGCUCGAAUGCGGCGAACAUGCGCAAGUGCAUAAGACGGCGACCCCUCGCUGCUGUUUAUGGCUGGCCAGCCAUGUCAAUGUGAGGAAAUGCGUCGCUGGCGUUAUGCUGCUCUCCGUCCUCACCAUAUUCUUCUAUACGUAUUAUGUGACAAUGCCACUUACAAGCCUAGUGUGGCGCGAUCGGAUACCGCGUCCGUUGUCGCAAUGCUCGCUGCUCGCUUCGCAGCAGCAAACAGCGCGCGAUCAUCGCUCGGACGCGCGAUUACGCAUCGACGCCAAAGUACUUGUUAUAGCGGAAUCGCUAUACUCGCGCUUGGGACGUGACAUUGCAGAACUGCUUGUUGCAAACCGGAUACGGUACAAAGUGGAAGUCGCAGGCAAAAGUCUGCCAGUACUUACCACUUUGGACAAGGGGCGAUACGGAGUAAUUGUGUUCGAGUCGCUGUCGAAAUAUGCAAAUAUGGACAAGUGGAAUCGAGAACUACUCGAUAAAUACUGUCGAGAAUAUUCAGUAGGGGUCGUCGGGUUCGCAACGCCGGGGGAGGAGAGUCUUGUUGGCGCUCAGUUGAAAGGAUUCCCACUCUUCAUGCAUACCAAUCUAAGGCUUAAGGACGCAACGUUAAACCCGGCGUCGCCUGUUUUGCGGCUGGCUCGCGCCGGCGAGACGGCGUGGGGCCCGCUGCCCGGCGACCACUGGACCGUGUUCAGAGCGAAUUCGUCCACUUACGAACCCAUCGCCUGGGCGCUACGAGAGCACGAUUAUGGCACUACUGAAGACCGAAUGCCGUUGGCGACCGUAGUUCAAGACCACGGCCGCUUGGACGGCGUCCAAAGAGUUCUGUUCGGGUCGGGUCUCCAGUUUUGGCUUCACCGUGUUCUGUUCCUGGACGCCUUAAGUUACUUGAGCCACGGCCAACUCAGUUUGAGCCUCGACAGAUGGAUACUUGUGGAUAUCGACGACAUAUUUGUUGGUGAACGAGGUACUCGUCUACACGAAGAGGAUGUGUCAGCACUGUUAGCAUCACAGACGGCCCUGCAGCGUCUCGUGCCUGGCUUCCGAUUCAACCUGGGCUUCAGCGCCAAGUACUACCACCACGGCACCUCUUUGGAGAACCGAGGAGAUGAUGCGCUCUUAAAGAAUAGGGAACACUUUAACUGGUUUUGUCACAUGUGGAAUCACCAGCAACCGCAUCUGUACAACAAUGUCACCCAACUCGAAGCCGAGAUGACAAUGAACAAGCAAUUCGCCAUCGAACACGGGAUACCUACAAACUCCUGCUAUUCGGUAUCACCACAUCAUUCAGGAGUGUAUCCCGUUCACGAACCCCUCUACGAAGCGUGGAGAAAAGUUUGGGAUGUAAAAGUGACGAGUACUGAAGAAUAUCCUCAUUUACGACCAGCUAGAUUACGACGUGGUUUCCGCCACAGGGGUGUAAUGGUACUACCUCGACAGACGUGUGGAUUAUUCACCCACACACUGCUGUUAGAGCGCUACCCAGGUGGCAGGCAACGUCUCGACCGCUCCAUACAAGGUGGCGAACUGUUCCAAACCGUCAUCAAUAACCCGAUCAACGUGUUUAUGACGCACAUGUCAAACUAUGGCAACGACCGUCUCGCGUUGUAUACAUUCGAGUCGGUGGUGAAGUUUCUUCGCUGCUGGACAAACGUUCGUCUGGCUUCCGCGCCCCCGCUCGCCCUUGCAGAGAAGUACUUCCAACUGCGGCCAGACGAGUUGAAUCCACUAUGGGGAAAUCCCUGCGAUGAUAUACGUCAUAGACGGAUUUGGUCGAAGAGCAAAUGGUGCGACACCUUACCGAAGAUAUUAGUAAUAGGACCGCAGAAGACUGGCAGCACAGCACUUUAUACAUUCCUUGCUAUGCAUCCAACUUUAAUACCCAACUUGCCGAGUCCUACAACUUACGAGGAAUUGCAGUUCUUCAAUAACAACAACUAUUUGAAGGGAUUGGACUGGUACUUAAAUUUCUUUCCUCCGAGUCAAAGCAACAACACCCUGAUAACGUUCGAGAAGUCCGCGACUUACUUCGACGGGGACCUCGUUCCGCGGAGAGCUCACGCACUUCUGCCGAACGCGAAGAUAAUCGCUAUACUUAUUUCACCGUCGAAAAGAGCGUAUUCGUGGUACCAGCACAUACGUUCGCACGGGGACCCUGUUGCGAACAAUUACACCUUCCAUACGGUCAUAACAGCGAACGACUCAAGUCCGAAGCUACUUCGAGAUUUAAGGAAUCGCUGUUUGAAUCCGGGGAAAUAUAGCCAUUACCUAGAACGUUGGCUGGCGGAGUACAGCGCUCACCAAAUACACAUACUAGACGGAUCACUGCUAAGAACUGAACCAGCAACCGCUAUGAACAUACUACAAAAGUUCCUAAAAAUACCGCAUCUGGACUACAACAAGCUUCUUAAGUACGACGCUAAGAAGGGUUUCUUCUGUCAAGCGGUGAGUGGCGAGAAAACUAAAUGUCUGGGUAAAUCGAAGGGUCGGAUUUACCCGCCAAUGGAAGACCGUUCCUCAAAAUUCCUCAGAAGAUAUUACUCCCCUCACAACACGGCUCUAUCCAAACUCCUCGUUAGACUCGGCCGACCAGUACCCCAGUGGCUCAAAGAGGAACUCACCACAAGUGGAUAGCAUUUCUUUCAACCUAAAAGGUUGGAAAGAAACAAAAAAAUCGUUCACGGAUUGAUAAAAGUUUGUGUCGUGAAAAUAACGUAAAAAGUUAUGAACUGUGGACGUUCGCAAUACGUAAAGUUUAUCAUGUAUAAAUGUGAUAGUAUCCUUGUUGAGUGUUAUCUUUGUCUAUCGGAUCUUGUAAUAUAUUCAGAGUGAUUUAAAAAAAAUAAUUUAAUGUAAACAAUCAUAGUUCUACGAAGUUUAUUUCGAUGUAGAUCGUAAAUUUAUUUUGUAUUUUAGCGUAAGUAUUCAGUGUUCAUGUGAAUUUUAAUGUUAAACUUUGCUUGCCCGAUUUUUGUAACUUAGCCACUAACGGCCCCGAUACGUCCCUGUAUCGGUGUAGGUGCUAUACGUUGAUUAUGUUUAUAUGAAGCACCUCUAACGAGAUGAUAUUUUUUAUCUUUUAAGAUGAAAUUGUUAGAACGAGUUGUCUCGACGAAAAGAAUCGAACGAACUUGUAAUACGAAAUGAAAUUGUUUUUACGUCGUCGGUAGCUCUAUCAGAUUGAACUCGUUCUACGCGAACGUCAGACACGCUUACUUUAGUAUUUUUAUAUGUACGUACCUGAUGCUAUUUGUACAUUAUAGUUAAUUUUUGUACGUAUCUCUUUUAUAAUCUAGGAGAGUUAUAUUCAAAACUGUAGUCCCUCGGUGCCAUUUAUACUAAUAACUCAUUUUGUUUUCUAAGUUUUAAUAGUUAUUAUUUUGUAUGUCUGCUGAUGUGAAUGUGUUUAACGUGCGUUUUUAUUUAUUCAACGACAGCUAUAAAAUCAAAAAACGCUUACAAAUAAUAACUUACAAAAUGUACACAGAAACACACACACAAUUUUUUUUUCAAUAAUGGCACUAUACUUCGUAAAGAACAAGACGCUAGUCCUAUGGUAAGAUUUUUAUAGUUUUCUUUUUACGAAGAAAUAUUUGAUUAAGCGCAAGCGGAUCAUUGUUCGAACCCCUGUAACCUUUAAAGGUAUUCAUUUUUAUGGUAGCAUAAAAUAUGUUGUUAUAUGGAAUGUAUUCUUUGUACCUUUUCUUUUCAUAAGUGAGAGAAAGGAACAGCGCUAACUAGCAGCUGUCACAUAGUGACGUCGCUACCGAAAUUUACUUUUGUUUUAUAUUAAUUAGUACGACUGACCUUACAGUGAAAUAAAUAGUGUAUUUUGGAAUAUAUUUUGAUACGCAAGAAUUUAUCGACGAGCAAAUACGGCGUGGUCUUCGAACAGACUUUACAAUACUAAUAAUUUGUAAUAGAUGUUGGUACUUAAAUCCCCUGUAAAAAAAAACUUUUCUCCGAUCAAAUUAUAGAUACUUUAAUAUAAAAAAUAUAUUAUACAUAACGAAAAGAAAUAAUUGGAUAUAUAAUGUAAAAUGUUUUUAUAAUUAUGUAAAUCGAUUAUAAAUAUAUUAUUUUUAUUUCAUUUUUUGUUUACGUCGACAAAGCUUUAUAGAAUUAGAUAUUUAUGUCUACACUUCCGAAGUUUAUGAUGGAUGGCGGAGUGAUUAUGUAGAAAAUGGCCUUAAUAUUAUUUCUUAGAGACUCGUUACGUUAAUAGUAAUCGUGUAAAUUAUUAUUCAAAAAUGUUUCAUUUGAAUUAAUUUACCGUAGGAUAGUCGGAACCAAGAAUCUGUUUUGGGGGCUCGUAAAUUUAAUUUACUUUUUUAAUUUUAUUUUCAAUCGUAAUCGCGUUUACUUAUUAUUUGUCAUCAGAAGUAUUUCAGUCUCAUUUCAAAUUAAGUUUUCCGGCAGGAUACUUCGGUAUUUCGCUGCGUAAUACGAAAUAGGUUCAGGAGCUCGUUAAAUUUUUCCCUUGAUAAUAUCAUCACUUUGAAGAAAAUAAAAUCGAAGUAAAGAGGCCCCGGUAUACUUAUUUGUUAUAUUUUAAUGUAAUUUUCCGAAGGCGGAUGUCUGUUCUUAAUGUGUUAUGUAAAAGAAAUUAAUACGUCACUUAUUUUAUUAAACGAUUUAAAAAACUAA